AUGAAGGACCAGUAUAAAAGGCAGCCCAAUUCCCAGCUCUCCCAUCCACUUCUCUUGCCUCUUUCUCCUUGGGAACCAGACAUGUCCUGCUACUCCCAGUGCGUGCCAUGCCGGCCCUGCGGCCCGACCCCUCUGGCCAGCAGCUGCAAUGAGCCCUGUGUCAGGCAGUGCCAGAACUCCAACGUUGUCAUCGAGCCCUCUCCCGUGGUGGUGACCCUGCCCGGACCCAUCCUCAGCUCCUUCCCGCAGAACACCGUUGUGGGCUCCUCCACCUCCGCUGCCGUUGGCAGCAUCCUCAGCUCUGAAGGUGUGCCCAUCACCUCGGGGGGCUUUGACCUCUCUGGUUUUGGAAGCCGCUACUGUGGCAGAAGGUGCUACCCCUGA